AUGGUCUUUCACACAGCUGGUGAUGACCUGGAGUCACUAUUCUACAUCUUCAUUGAAUUUGUGACCACCUUCAAUGGGCUACAUGCCAUGACCAAAGACAAGACCAGGAAGCCCAUGUGGUAUGACUACUGGCUCCUCAUGGGUGACAAUUCCUGGGUUCCAAAUCCAGUUAUUCAAAAGUGGUGCCUUUUGAUUCUUGCAGCCGCUGAGGCUGCAAGUAAAAAAAAUGGCCCUCCAUCCAGUGUAUCUCAUGAGGAGCUUGCUAUGCUCUUCCAUAAAUGGCUCUCUCAGCUCCUCCCAGAGAUGCCCAAAGAUGUUUCAUCUGCUACAGCAUCCCCCCUCUCUAUGUUGUACAACUGGCCAGUACAUUACAUGUGCAAAUUUGCAAAUGUCUCCUGGUGA